CUCCUGUCAUUAUUAUACAAUUUACUACUACUACUACACAAAACACACUAGCUCCAGCCAAACCUAAAAAAUCUUGGAAGUUACUACCCACUUGGUAGGUGGGGGUUCCUUUUAAACACACCCCCUUGCCUUCCUCUCACCCCCCUUCCUCUCCUUCCAUCCGUCUCUUACAAGUUCACUGAGAGAGAGAGAGAGAGAGAGAGAGAGAGAGAGAGAGAGAGAUGGGGAACUGCCAAGCAAUUGAUAACGCAAGUCUAGUAAUACAACACCCAUUUGGUAGAGCCGACAAGCUGUACAGCCCUGUCUCUGCCAAUGAAGUCAUGAAAAUGAACCCAGGCCACUACGUCGCUCAGCUCCUCACCACCACCACCACCGCCACCGCCACCGCCACCGCCAACAGCGCUGCCGCGGCCGGUAACAACCAAGAAAACAGGAAUAUAGUACGUAUUACGCGGAUAAAGCUUCUCCGGUCGACGGACACUCUAACCCUGGGCCAUGUCUACAGGCUCAUCACCACUCAAGAAGUAAUGAAGGGAUUAUGGGAGAAGAGAUGUGCUAAGAUGAAGAAGAGAGAGUCAGAAUCAGAGUCUGGUGAUAAGCAGCUGGGGGGGAUGAAAGAGAAGUUGGGUUCUGAAUUUGAGAUACCACCCCGAAGAUCUGAGAAGGAAAAGACCAAUCAGGUUUCGAAACAUGAUAGACAUCGGCCGAGGCCCACUCCAUCAUCAGCAAAUCCUGCCAAAUCGAAGACAUGGCAACCUUCACUGCACAGCAUCUCCGAGGCCACAAGCUAAUUCUCUCUCCUCUCUCUCUCUCUCUCUCUCUCUCUCUCUCUCUCUCUCAUGAAACUUUUCCAGACAAUUACAGUGGCAAGUCAAUCUGUGUAGAGGCAUUUACAGUGAAAGGGAGAAUGGUCCAUGAUCCAACAAUGUUAAUUGUAAUCAGCUGCUGUUUUAAUGGAAUUGGGCUUUAUUCAAGAAAA